AUGUUAUCUCCACAGAGGGGCAGCAUUUCAACACUCUGCUGGGGGCGGGGCUUAGCUCUGCUUUCUCCCUUGGACACAUUCAGGACCAUGCGUGGGCCAGUGCGCUGGGUUUUAUGGGAUGUGAAGGAUACUCUUCUGAAGGUCCGACGCUCUGUUGGGGAGCAGUACUGUACGGAAGCUGAGCGCGCUGGACUAAAGUUAAAAUCCAAGCAGGUGGAGGCUGCAUUCAGGGAAGCUUACCGUCAGUCGUCACUCCUCUAUCCCAACUAUGGUAUUGCUCAGGGCAUGAAUGGUCAGGUAUGGUGGACAGGAGUGGUGAAGAGCACCUUUGCACAGUGUGGUGUGCAGGACCCUGUCUUACUCGACACACUGGCCAAAAACCUUUAUCAGAACUUCUGUGGGCCAGACAACUGGGAGGUCUUCCCAGACUCAAAUUCCACCCUGAAAUCCUGCACAGCACUGGGAAUGAAGCUGGGUGUGGUGUCCAACUUUGACAGCCGCCUAGAGGGGGUCCUUCGUGGAUGUGGCCUCCUCACUCACUUCUCCUUUCUCCUGACCUCAGAAGGUGCAGGCGUGUCCAAGCCAGAUGUAAAGAUUUUUACCCAAGCCCUGAAAAAGUGUGGAGUGCCAGCCAAUAAUGUAGCCCACGUUGGAGACCACUAUGUAAACGACUACCUCACCUCUCGAUCGCUUGGUAUCCGUGGUUUUCUGCUUGACAGGCACGAACAGCAUGAACAUCAGAAUGUUCCUGCAGAGCACAGACUAAAGAGCUUAGAGGAGCUACCAGCUCGUCUGCAACAGGAAGUGGAUUAAAAUUGACAUCUCACGGGUGCAGAGUGGUCCAGCAGUCUAAAGUGCUGCUACUAUGAUCUGGAGAUUGCUAGUUCAAAUCCCGGUCAUGUAGCUUGCCGUUUGCGGCCAAAGCCCGAAGAGAGCACAGUUGGCCUUGCUCUCUCUGGGUGGGUAGGUGGCGCUCUUUCCCCUCAUCAAGGGUGAUGUCCAUCAGCACAAGGCGUCUGUAUUGGAACCGAGUUGCUGCGUUUUCCUCCGAGCGCGCUGUGAUGAUACUCGGCAAUAAUGCAUCAGAUAAUUGGCUUUAAACGUGUUGGAGGAGGCGUGUGCUAUUCUUUACCCUCCUUGUUUUGAGGCAUCACUAGUGAUGUGGGAUAUACAGCUGGCUAGCAGGUGAAUGGGUGGGACAAUUGGCCACAUAAAUUGGGGAGAAAAAUGGAAAACAUUAUAAAAAAGCAUUGACUACUCACCUCUCUUGUAUCACUGCUGAGAUUCUUUCCUUACAUUUUAGCAAAAUAUUUAUUUUUCUUUAAACAUCUUGGCAUUUUUAAAGUGAAAGUUUACUUAAUUAAUUUCCACUAAGCAAUUAAAAUAAUGAAAAAAAAAAACAAUUAAAAUGUUUUUAAGUAGUUUUAUUCUUGCACAGAAUUCAGCUUGUUUUGAACAGAGACUAAAUUAAUAACCUGACAAAAAAGGAAAAGGAAUGACAACAAAAAUCCUGGUACUGUGAAUCAUCAUGGAAGAUGGGCACUGGAAAGUUUCAAUAAACCAUUACAUUAAAUUAAAUAAA